CAUUGACCAUUGCUAGAGGCAGACGACGUGCAUGUCUCCGAACGAUCCCCUUCGAUACGAUCGUGAUCCCCCCAGACCUCGACCGACCUCGACCAUCGACUGUGCCACUAAACUCGCAACCGCCACGAUCCGCGGCUAGACUGGGAAAUGCGGCGCAGGCUCUAUGCGGCGCCUCGACUUGAUGAAUAGUAACUUGGGCCAUAUGCUCGCACCUGGGAGCGGAUGGUUGCAUGCCAGGCUCACACUCUGCAGCAGCAAGAUAUUCCGAGAAGAGCGUCGAGCUGUCCCUGGCUAGCCGUGGUGCUGCUUCCCGGCACUCUCGCGCUGCAGCCAGUGGACGUCGCGGGCCGGGGUGGUGGCAGAGGGGCGCGAUGGAUGGGGGCGCGCCGCAGGUAUUGGCCGCACUUCAGGCUCAUUGAGCAUGCGUUGUCAGCAUAUCGAUCCACCGGCGUGGGUGAUUCUGCAGCGUCCCGAAAUGAAAGGGACCUUUGUGUAUCGUCGCCUGCUCAGGGCCGCCCACGCAGCGCACUGGAGCGGCCUGCGCUGUACGAAAGCAGCGCGCCGCUCUGUUCUGACGUGUGGUGGGACUGUCGCUCUGCCACGGCGCGGAUUGAAUAGCAAAGCGGCCGGCCUGGAGUGUUUCUGGCUGUUAUGAGAGGAAUUCCUGUCAGGCGCGCUAGAUUCG